AUGAAGAUAUAUUUACGUUCGCCACGUGUAACGGAUCGCGUUUUCGUUUCCUCCGUCCCCGGCAGAAAGGGUCAGUACGCUCCCGGGGCCGACAGAAGACGCCUCCGCCGACACGCGAAAAACAAUCCUGUUAUAAUCUUUCUUUCUUUCUUUCUUUCAUUCAUUCAUUCUUUCUUCCUUUCUUUCUUUCAGAAACAUCCUGUUAUAAUCUUUCUUUUUAUUCUUUUUUUCAUUCUUUCUUUAUUUCUUUCUUUCUUUCUUUCUUUCUUUCUUUCUUUCUUUCAGAACAAUCCUGUUAUAAUCUUUCUUUCUUUCUUUCUUUCUUUCAUUUAUUCAUUCUUUCUUCCUUUCUUUCUUUCAGAAACAUCCUGUUAUAAUCUUUCUUUUUAUUCUUUUUUUCAUUCUUUCUUUCUUUCUUUUUCUUUCUUUCUUUCAGUUAUAAUCUUUCUUUCUUUCUUUCUUUCAUUCAUUCAUUCUUUCUUCCUUUCUUUCUUUCAGAAACAUCCUGUUAUAAUCUUUCUUUUUAUUCUUUUUUUCUUUCAGAACAAUCCUGUUAUAAUCUUUCUUUCUUUCUUUCAUUCAUUCAUUCUUUCUUCUUUUCUUUCUUUCAGAAACAUCCUGUUAUAA